GCGAGCAAGGCAGCGAAGGAGCGGCGGCCGGGCCCGGUAGGUGCUUGGCCGAGGGAAGGGGCUUCCGUGGACGAGGGGAGGUUCCUUCCUCCCUGCUCGGCGGGAAGAGCAGCGGGGCGACCUGUGGCGGAAGGCCCGAGCUCCCGGGUGCGGGGCUGCUCGACUCCGAAGCCGUGUGGGGCACAAGAACUGAGCAAUGAAUAAAUUACGACAGAGCUUCAGAAGAAAGAAAGAUGUCUAUGUCCCUGAAGCAAGUAGGCCACAUCAGUGGCAGACAGAUGAAGAAGGGGUUCGGACUGGCAAAUGCAGCUUUCCUGUUAAGUAUCUGGGACAUGUGGAAGUAGAUGAAUCAAGAGGAAUGCAUAUAUGUGAAGAUGCUGUGAAGAGACUGAAAGCUGAAAGGAAGUUCUUCAAAGGCUUCUUUGGAAAAAGCGGAAAGAAGGCAGUUAAAGCCGUCCUGUGGGUUUCAGCGGAUGGACUCAGAGUUGUUGAUGAGAAAACAAAGGACCUUAUAGUUGAUCAGACAAUAGAGAAGGUUUCUUUCUGUGCUCCGGACAGGAAUUUUGAUAGGGCAUUUUCUUACAUCUGUCGAGAUGGCACAACACGACGCUGGAUAUGUCACUGCUUUAUGGCUGUAAAGGACACGGGAGAGAGGUUGAGUCAUGCAGUUGGCUGUGCAUUUGCAGCCUGCUUGGAGCGAAAGCAAAAGAGAGAGAAGGAGUGUGGGGUGACUGCCACCUUUGAUGCCAGCAGAACCACAUUCACAAGAGAGGGGUCUUUCAGGGUUACUACAGCAACUGAACAAGCAGAAAGAGAGGAAGGCAUGAGGCAGAUACAAGACACAAAAGUUGAAACUGAUGUGAAAGCGGCGGUGUCGAGUGUUGUACCUGGCAAUACAGCCCCAUCACCAAGUUCCCCAACCUCUCCUAGUGCUGAGGUUGCAUCCUCUGCUGACAAAGAGUCAAAUAACCCCCAUGCUAUCCCACGAAGACACGCUCCCAUAGAGCAACUAGCCAGACAAGGCUCGUUCCGAGGUUUCCCUGCUCUUAGCCAGAAGAUGUCCCCAUUUAAACGACAGCUCUCUUUGCGAAUAAAUGAGCUCCCUUCAACGGUGCAGAGGAAGAGCGACUUCCCCAUGAAAAACUCAGUUCCAGAGGUUGAAGGAGAAGUGGAUAGCAUUAGUUCCCUGUGCUCCCAGAUUACAAAUGCAUUUAGCACACCGUCGGAGGACCCUUUCACUUCUGCCCCUAUGCCAAAACCAGUCACUGUAGUUGCACCACAGUCUCCUGCUUUUCAAGUUAAUGGCACUGCCUCUGCCUUCAGUGUGCUUGCUGCUAAACCAGCUCAAACUACUGUAGCACCCACUGCAGUACCAGUUCGUGAAACCAAUCCUUGGGCUCUUGCCCCUGCUGCUCCAGCUGCUGCUAAAACUAGAGCCGCAGCCACUCUUUCUGGUUCCGAGUGGAGUACCAACUCAGGAGCUGCCUCACCGAAUCUGUUCCAGGCAAACCACAGACGUACUCCCUCCGAGGCAGACCGCUGGUUGGAAGAGGUGUCCAAAACUGUCCGGUCCCAGCAGCCGCAGCCACCCCCAGCUCCCCAGCCACUCCUUCCUCCUCCUCCUCCUCCUGUGGCUUCUCAAGCAGCCUCAGCUUUUCCAGGCAGCACCUUCAUUGCAUCUCAGCCUGUGCCUGUCGGUGUGGUCCAGCCCAUGCAACCAGCGUUUAUCCCAGCUCAGCCAUACGCUGUAGCAAACGGAAUGCCCUAUUCCGCCCCAAGCGUGCCAGUGGUUGGAAUCACCCCUUCCCAGAUGGUAGCAAACGUAUUUGGUACGGCAAGCCACACUCAAGGAUCCCACUCUCACCAGUCACCUAGUCUUAUAAAGCAGCAGACAUUGCCCCAGUACGAAACUAACAGUGCUACUGCCAGUCCUUUUUUCAAACCUCCUCCCCAGCAGCUCAACGGGUCGGCUGCUUUCAACGGUGUGGACGCUGCCAAAUGGCCCGCAGAGGACAAGCAUGUACUGCCGCCUGCAGCUGCCCAGCAGGUUGAUCCAUUUGAAGCGCAGUGGGCGGCGCUGGAAAGCAAAUCGAAGCAGCGCACCAACCCAUCUCCAACUAACCCUUUCUCGAGCGAAUUGCAGAAAACCUUUGAGAUUGAACUUUAAGCAGUCCUGUGGCUUUGUACUUAAGUCUGUCUGUAUGUGUGUUGGAAUUGGAUUGGGUGGAAGGAAGGGGGAUACAAGGGGGCAAGAGGGGACGAGUGAGCAGCAUAUGCGCCAUUGCUGGUGUCCCCAUGGAAUCAGUGGGCAUAUAGAGAGGGAACAAUUGGGGUGGGGGGAGACGCUCCAAGCCCCAACCACACAACUAUUGGGAAAUCUAGGAAAUGUCCCUGGGCCUCUUGCAUUCCUGCUUGGGAGCUUCAAUGGCAAAGGAAACCUCAAAAGGGCUGAAGAAGGGAAAUGAGCCCUGAAGCCCUUUCCUCGCACAGAACUUCAGAAGACCUCGUAAGAUGAGAAGCAAAUUAGCCGCCACUAUCUUCAGGAGGUGUCUUGUCUACCUUCCUGUGAGUGAGCCAUUCCUCUGAGCGGGGGGAAAGAGAGAGGAGUAGCCAGGCGGAUACAAGCUCAGCUGGGGAAUGGGAAGAAGUGAGAGCUGCUUAGCAUAUGCCGUCUGUGGAAAAGGAUGAGCUUCCAUUUUGAGUAACACAAUAAUUAUUAUAUAUAAAAUAAAGCCAAAAUCUUUAUUUUUAUGCAUUUUAGAUUAUUUUAAAUAGUUCUAGGUAAUAAAAGCUGAAUGAGUUGUAAGUAAUCUUGCCAAAGGUAUAAAAGGGGGUUGGAUGUAAAAUUGUACAUAAGAUUGAUUUAUCACUGAUUCUUACAGUCAGUAAUAUGAGAGUAGAAUGGGGAGCAGAGUUAUUAGCUUGUUCUUGUCCUAUCAUUGUAAGUAGCAUAUUGCAACAACAAUCAUGAAUCAUGACCAAUUCAAAAAAAAAAUCACAGUAGAAUAGUUUUAAGAGCAGUAUUGUCUUGGUUUAAAAACAAUGGGUAAAUUCGAUAUCUUUUUUUAAAAGAAUUCAAACUAGAUCAUAUUGGAGUACAUAUAGGUUUUUUUCAUAUACUGCUGCAGUUUCCUUGUCUUGAAUCUGUUUUAAUACUACUGUGGUAAGUUGACUAUAAUCAUAUCUACAAUCAGGUCUACUUAGGAACCCA